AUGGUCGACGGAGUGAUUUCGUUCAAAAAAGUGCUCCAGAGCUCUGACUCAGAACCGAUUCUUGAGAUGCCGUCUGUUCUCGAAGCGGUAGAAGCUUCAGUGAGUCUUGAAGCAAGAGCAGUUGUGCUGAACCAGCUGUGCAACAAUAAGGCCAUUGAGGAUGACAUUGAAGAGCUCAAGAAAGAAAAUGCGGAGACUCUUUCCAACAUCACUGCGGCUGAGAAAGAAUACUUGGAGACCGUCAAUUCCGGCGCUUUCGUUGAGAAAAUGGAGAAAGCUAUCGUUGCGCUAGAAAGCCUCGACGUCAAGGAGAAAAAAAUUGAUGAAAAGAAGAUGAAGAUCAAAACUCUUCAGGCGAGAAAUGAAGAUACCAAGAAGUCUUUGAUUUCUUACGACUCCGACCUGGCGGAAGAGAAGAUCGCCGAAUUGACGAAAAAGCGCGACGAAUUGAAGCAAAAACUGGCGAAACUCGUCGAAUUGUCGAACAACCGCCAGUUCGAGUACCAACGGGAGCUGCAAGAAGCCAAUUCCAACGGCACAAAUUUCCAGCGCACCAACGAUGAUGGCUACGACUCAGCAGAAGCAGAGACAAAUUCGAUGGAGACGAUCUAA